UUUGUGCACAAAAUUCUGAUUUGGAAUCGAUUGCAGCAGAACAAGACAAAAACUCUAGUUCUAAGGUUCAAAAGGCAGACUGGUUGUCCAACUAUCUUUCGCAACAACAGGAAUUUGAACAAAGGAGACUUUUAAGAAAGCAACAAAUGAAAAUAUGGUACCAACAAAAUAAGGAGAAAAAAAAACAAUAUGAAAGAAACCGGUAUCAAGAUGAAGAAAAUGCCAAAAGAAAAAAACAGUAUAUGAAAGAAAAUUAUUGUAUUCCAGAGAAUGCAGAAAAAAAGAAGAAAUUUAUGAAGGAAAAAUACAGAAUUCCAGAGAUUGCAGAAAAAAAGAAACAGAAUAUCAGAGAAAAAUACACAAAUCCAGAGAUUGCAGAAAAAAUGAAGCAGAUUAUGAAGGAAAAAUACAGUAUACAAGAGAUUGCAGAAAAAAAGAAGCAGAGUAUGAAGAAACAAUACAGAAUUCCAGAGAUUGCAGAAAAAAAGAAACAACAUGUCAGGAAAAAAUACAAGAUUCCAGAAAAAGCACAAAAACAAAAAGAACAUGUAAAACAAAAUUAUAAGAUACCAGAAGCAAGAAAAAGGAAGGGAGAACAUAAUUUGCAAAACUAUCACAGAAAGAAAGCUAAAUUGAUGGAUGGUAAUGCAGCACUUCAGAAAUUUAGAACUUCAUGCAAAGAAUAUCCAAUUUUUCCCUGCAUUGUAUGUGGACGGAUUAUGUUUCGUUCCCAGGUUCAAAAAUUUGUCAAAAACAAGUACAAAAAAGCACAGGUAUCUAUUUUAUUGAACAGCCUUUCAUCAACCAAUAAAGAACAUAUUUGUGUUUUAUGUGACAAGACCAUGAAAAAUGGCAAAAUUCCAGCACAGGCAUUAGCCAACAAUAUGAAUCUAACCACUGUUGGAGCCGAAUUAAGUGAACUUAAUAAACUAGAAAGACACCUGGUAUCCCCAGUAAUUCCUUUUAUGAAAAUAGUUAAUUUGCCAAAACAUACACAAAAAGGCAUUCAUGGACCAGUAGUUUCGGUGCGCUCAGAUAUUAGGAAAGUUACGACAACUUUGCCUAGAAACAUUUCAGAUGAAUCAUUCAUCAAGAUGAAACUGAAGCGUAAGUUGUCUUUUAAAGGGCAUCAUCUGUACCAGGAGAUAUGUCCUAACAGAAUCUUCAAAGCACUUGAUUUUCUAAAGAAAAGAAAUCCACACUUUACAGAAAUAGAAAUUAAAGAAGAUAUUUUUGAAAGUGGAGAAUAUCUAGGUGAUGAUGAAAACAAUUCUGCUCUAGAUAGCAGUGGUUCUGGUGAGAAGGGGGAAUCUGAACCUGUAAAGGAGAAAUCCAGAAAUAAUGAACACACAGAGAGCAAUACCAAUGCAGAUUAUGAUGAUCCUGACAAAGAAGAAGAAGAAGAAUCAACAGAAGAAUCUCAAGAUUCUGUACCACCACUUGACACAUCUCUUCAACCAUCAGACCCAGCACAGUAUUUUGCUGAUGAAAAUCCAAACUCCAUUUUUUGUAUUGCACCAGCAGAAGGAAACACACCAUUGAAAGUCAUCAGUACUGAAGGACAGGCAUUUCCAAUUCAUUUUCCUACUGGAGAAAAAACCUACACUGACAAACGCAAUACAAAAAUAUCAAUGAAACGAUAUUUCAACAGUAGAUUGUUUUCGAGUGAUCCUAGGUUUGCUAGUGAUCCAGAGUAUAUAUUUUUUGCACAGUAUACAGCAGAACUGGAGGAAGUAUUUUCUUCUGUGUCCAUUGCUAUGCGAAAGACAGUUGAUUUCAGCCACUUGACUUCAGCUAGCUUCUUGGAUUCUUCCAAAAUGAAAAAGAUGCUUAAAAAAGAUGAAUGUUAUCGCUUUUUGCAAACCAUUCGAGGUUCCCCAGCAUACUGGGAAAAAACCAUGCGAGAUCUUUUUGCCAUGCUUAAACAGCUUGGCAUACCAACAUUUUUUAUAACUUUCUCAGCUGCAGAAAGGAGAUGGUCAGAAAUCAUUGAAGCAAUUUGUCUGCAGCAAGGUUUGGAAGUUCCACUUGAGCCUGAUUGGCAACAGUACUACAACAUAAUAAAUAGCAACAUUGUGACUGCUACACGCAUGUUCGAUAAAAGGCUUCAUGAUUUUAUCAAUCAAGUCAUUAUGAGUCCAUCAAAUCCUAUUGGGAAGGUAACUGAUAUCUUUGGCAGAAUUGAGUUUCAAGCACGAGGUUGGCCACAUUAUCAUGGUCUUGUUUGGAUUGAAAAUGCCCCUGAAUGGCAGAAAUCUUCAGAUAGUGAAGUGACAGCUUUUAUCGACAA